CUUUAACCUAAGUGGCUCAGGCAAAUUAUUGGCGUGAACCUCCCUGGCACAGCGCGGGGAAAAGCAGCAGUAGGGAGACGGGACUGGAGUUACCGCUGCUCUUCAGAAGUGCUGGAGUCAGACCUGUCAAGUGCCAUGGCGCUUUUGAAAAACCUCCAGGAGCAGGUAAUGGCUGUAACUGCACACAUUCAAGCUCUGACAAAAAAAGUUCAAGCUAGAGCCUAUCCUACAGAGAAGGGUCUCAGCCUCUUGGAAGUGAAAGACCAGCUGCUGCUCAUGUACCUUAUGGAUUUGAGCCAUCUCAUCCUGAACAAAGCCUCGGGAGGGUCUCUUCAGAGACAUGCUGCAGUUCUGAGACUGGUGGAGAUGCGUACGGUUUUGGAAAAACUUCGUCCCUUGGACCAAAAACUGAAGUAUCAAAUUGACAAACUGAUCAAGACUGCAGUGACAGGCAGCCUCAGUGAGAAUGACCCACUCCGUUUUAAGCCUCAUCCCAGCAGUAUGAUGAGCAAGUUGAGCUCUGAGGAUGAGGAAGAUGAAGCAGAGAAAGGCCAGUCUGGGGCUUCAGGGAAGAAAUCUGCAAAUGGAGCAGUUAAGAAAUAUGUUCCACCACGCUUGGUUCCAGUACAUUAUGAUGAAACAGAGGCUGAGCGGGAAAAGAAGCGUCUAGAACGAGCCAAGAAGCGAGCAUUGAGCAGUUCUGUCAUUCGUGAACUUAAGGAGCAGUACUCAGAUGCUCCAGAGGAAAUCCGUGAUGCCCGGCAUCCUCAUGUUACUCGCCAGAGUCAGGAAGAUCAACACAGGAUUAACUAUGAGGAGAGCAUGAUGGUGCGUUUAAGUGUCAGUAAGCGCGAGAAAGGACGGAGAAAACGAGCAAGUGUCAUGAGCUCACAACUUCACUCCCUCACACACUUCAGUGACAUCAGUGCUUUGACAGGAGGAACCCCUCAUCUUGAUGAGGAUCAGAAUCCUGUUAAGAAGCGGAAGAAGGUACCUAAGAAAGGUCGGAAGAAAAAAGGUUUUCGGAGGCGGCGGUGAUUAUGGGUGUACAUGUGUAUAUAUUGUUUUGUCAUCCUGGGAUACUUCUAGUUUCACUGUAUGCAUUUUUUUCCUUGGAAUUUAUUAAUUGUUUGCUCUGGAUGUGUGGAAAGACCUUUAUUAAUAAAAUUGAUUGUACUUACGAAUUGAA